CUUAUCGACACUCUUCUUGCCAGCGGCACUCUCGCUCUGCGCUCUCCUCUUGGCCAGUUAUUCCUACAUUCUUGAUCCCAUUUUAUUUGGCCUCUCACUUCCAAAGGCUUUUCAAUGUCCUGCUUCCCCGCUUGCACCCGGGACUGUUCCAGGUUUAUCGGGGUGUCCCUGUACCCCUUCUGCGUCCUCAGCAUCCUCUGUAACAUCUUCUUGUUCUUCCCGGGAUGGAGUGUAGAGGCCAUCAAUAACCCAGGAGAACAUAUGACCCCAGAAGUCCUUUAUCUUGGGGGUUUCAUGGGCAGUGGAGUUCUGGUCCUGAUUGCUGCAAUCUAUAACCACUGCAUAGGGAAGCCUGGGAAAUAUAGCAGUCGGUUUAUGAUGUUCCUCUCUAUCAUAAUCUCGGCCCUUGGGGUGUGUGGCGCUCUCUAUGGUCUUGUUGUCUCGGCCCUGGGUCUGGCCAAUGGUCCUCGCUGCCUCUACCUGUUUAUAAGUGGACGGGUUCAGUGGACAAUCCCCUUCAAAUUGCCUCUGGAAUUUUUAAAUUUAGAAAGAAGUUACCUCUUCAACAGGAAAGCCUGGGAUCGGUGCGUAGAACCCACUGGGGUGGUUGAAUUUAACGUCAUUUUCUUUUCCACAAUCCUGGCCUCCAGCUGCAUCCAGAUAGUGCUGUGUUCCAUUCAGAUGCUGAACGGGCUGUUUGGCUGCAUCUUCACCCCGCGCCUCACCAAAUUCUAAAACAUAAAUGUCUAGUCUCAGUUUUCUUUGGAUUAUUAAUACGUGACCUGGACUCUGCGGUUCUACAUUCUACAGAACUAGCUGCUCCUAAACAGAUAAAUAUAAUGCCUCCUGGGGGCCAUUUCCAACAGAGAGGAGCCAGUUCCGCCAUUUUGUGCAGACUUGCAGGAAGCCAAUCCCAACAGAGAGGAUCAUGGGAGUUGUGGCCUUUCCAGAGUUCCAAUAUCGAGCAGAGAGGCCUCUGGGGGUAACGUCCUUCGCAGAUUCUUACCACAAAGCCAUAUCCAGGGGACACUUUUCUUUGCGUUCUGUCCUGUGUGUGAUGUUAAGAAACUGAAUAAAUUUUAAACCUUAUUUAAAAAGC